GAAGCUUUCUGGAUUGCUGUAACAGCAGAAGAGAGUGAGGCAAUGUCAUGAACGUAUGGUGGAAAUCUACCAGUUGUGCUGUUGCUCAUCCUUCCUCUGCUUUGCUCUCCAUAAGGAAUCUACAUCUACUGACUAAAAGAAAGAAAUCUGCUUUAUAUCAUGGAUCCAGCUGUCAAAAACACAGGACAUUUCGUAGCCGACUGCCAACCAGGAAAAAACUUCUCUAAUCCCAGUUAUGGACAAAUGCCUGUCCCGCCAGGCAACUUGCCUCCUCAGUCUCCGCCGAUGAUGCCUGCUCCUCAGAGACCUGCCGGGUGUCCACCCGGGCUGGAGUACUUAACACAGAUUGACCAGCUUCUCGUUCACCAGAAAGUGGAGCUGGCUGAAGCUAUUUUAGGAUGGGAAACUAACAACAAGUACCUGGUGAAGAACUCGCUCGGGCAGCAGGUCUUUUAUGUGGCUGAGGAGAACGACUGCUGUAACCGGAACUGCUGUGGACCGCUUCGAUCCUUCGUCCUUCACAUCCAGGACAACGUGGGUCAGGAGGUGAUCACGCUCACGAGACCACUACGCUGUGGCAGCUGUUUGUGCCCCUGCUGUCUGCAAGAGCUUGAGAUUCAGUCUCCUCCAGGCACACCCAUCGGGUACGUGGUUCAGACCUGGCACCCUUACUUACCCAAGUACACCAUUCAGAAUGAAAACAAGCAGGACAUCCUGAAGAUCGUAGGACCUUGCUGCACCUUCAAAUGUUGUUCCGAUGUAAAUUUUGAGGUUUUGUCCACGGACGAAACGUCGUCCGUGGGCCGCAUCAGUAAGCAGUGGACCGGCUACAUACAAGAGGCUUUCACGGACGCCGACAAUUUCGGGAUCCAGUUCCCUCUGGACCUGGACGUGAAGGUCAAGGCUGUGCUUCUCGGAGCCUGUUUUCUUAUUGACUUCAUGUUCUUUGAGAGGAAACAGAACAGACAUUAAGCGGAAGGUUCCUUCUCGUUUUCUUCACUGUGACACGUCCGUACUGGCGUCUUUGCUGGACCUUAUACGACCUUACUGUAUACAGGAGAAUAUUCGUCUCUCUUUCUCACUACAGAUAUUCAGUGAAUCUUUAAUACACAGUGUGUCCCAAAUACUCCAUACACACUGUCUAUCACUGCCUUUAUGUACACGCUGUACUGUUGUGUACAUGUAUACUGUAUGUAUAUGGGACUCCUCAUUUAUGUGUGUUUUUGAGUUAGAAGCUCUAGGUGGCAGCAUGGCGCAAUUUAACUGCGCACUGAUUUAUUCUGUAUACAACUAAUUCUCAAGGCCUUAACAGAUGCACCAUUACAUUGUAUAUGUAUGAUCCUUUGUCCUGGGCAAAUGUCUGACAAAUAUGUAUAUGUAUGUUACACUAUAUUUCAUUUGUCUAUAUUGUACCUUGUAAAGCAUCCUUGAGCUUGGGAAAGGUGCUAUAUAAAUUAAACAUUUUAUUAUUAUUAUUAUUAUUAUUAUUAUUAUUAUUACAGUCAGAUAACUAAAGCUUUAUACCAAAGAACCUACACUCGGUCCCUAUGCUGAAUAGGAUGGAGUGUAUUUUUUUCUGCCCCAGAGCAGUACAGAAGCUUGCAUCCUGCCCUCGUUACUGGCCGUGAAAAACAACAAGAGUGUAACGGGCGGAUGCUUUCUGUUUGAUCAAUAAUGGAGAAGCCGUCUAAUGGAGGCGUCUGGAGAAACCAUUGAUGUUUCACCUGACCCAGAUUGGGCCAUUUGUGGACUGCAGACUGACACCAAACAGGAACAUCAGCUCUUUGGUGCAUUAACCCUGACUGGAUAAGAAAAACUGUUGCCAUAUAUAUAAGGGCUCGUAUAUCGAAAUCACUUUGUAUCUUUUUAGUAUGUUUAUAAGUGGAAUCAUUCAUUUAGUGUUUGUUCUCGAUGCAUGUAACACAAAAUGUUCUACAAUAAACAAGCGGAAAAAAAAUA